CACCCGCUCCAGUAUAGACGGUGGUCCGGCGCCGGCGGCAUGGGCGUCCUGCGGAGCACGCACAGCAUGCAGGCCGAGGUGGAGGAGAUGCGCGCCGCGCUGCUCCACGGGGGCGGCGCGGCAGGGUGGCAGCCCUCCGCCGGCGACCCGGGCGCCGUCAAGCGCGCGGCCGGCGGCCAGGAGGGCGACGCGGGCGCGCGCACCGUGUGCGUGACCGGCGGCAUAUCGUUCGUCGGCUUCGCCGUCGUCGACCGCCUCCUCCGCCACGGCUACACCGUGCGCCUCGCCCUCGAGACACAAGAGGACCUGGACAAGCUGAGGGAGAUGGAGAUGUUCGGCGAGGACGGCAGGGACGGGGUGUGGACGGUGAUGGCGAACGUGAUGGAACCCGAGAGCUUGCACCGGGCAUUCGACGGCUGCGCUGGCGUGUUCCAUACCUCGGCUUUCGUGGACCCGGGGGGCAUGUCCGGCUACACGAAACACAUGGCGACCUUGGAAGCCCAAGCGGCAGAGCGGGUGAUCGAAGCGUGCGUUAGGACGGAGUCCGUCAGGAAGUGCGUCUUCACCUCGUCCUUACUAGCAUGCGUCUGGCGGCAAAGCUACCCUCAUGACAGGCGAGGUCCUAGCAUCAUCGACGAGAAUUCCUGGAGCGACGAGACCUUCUGCCGCGACAAUAAGUUGUGGUUCGCGCUUGGCAAGACGGCAGCUGAGAAGGCGGCCUGGAGGGCAGCCCGAGGAAGAGACCUCAAGCUCGUCACCGUCUGCCCCGCGCUGGUCACCGGACCGGGAUUCCGCCGACGCAACUCUACCGCAUCCAUCGCAUACCUCAAAGGGUGUCGUGCAAUGCUGGCCGAAGGCGUCGUAGCGACUGCGAACGUCGAGACCGUCGCCGAGGCCCACCUCCGGGCGUACGAGGCGAUGGGUGACAACGCGGCCGGCGGGCGGUAUAUCUGCUACGACCGCGUGAUCCGGAGAGCCGAGGAGUUCGCCGAGCUAGAGCGGCAGCUGGGGAUGCCGAGCAGAGCAGCACCCACGCAGAGCGUCGACGACCGGCCGGCGAGGUUCGAGCUCUGCAAUCGGAAGUUGGGGAGACUCAUGUCGUCCAGGAGGAGGUGCACGUACGAGGACUAUUACCCUGUCAGGUUCGAGUAGGUUGCAGCAAGGCUGGCUGAUGGAAGAUUGAAGGCAGUUCAUUGGGAUCGGAGGAAGGUACUACCGUCUAUAAUCAGUAUCCGUUACAGCCCAAGCUAGGAACUAAGGAUGAAGAACGGACUGCCCUGAGUGGCCAAUGCUGCUUUUUUUUUAGUAAAAAAAAAAGUUUGUGCCAAUGCAGCUUGAAUGGAAGGGAUGGGAAGCAGAGAUGCAUAAUAGUGCCUGUUAUCGUCCUUUAGAAUGGGCAGGAGCGGUGAGCUUGGCUGUGCGCA